UACACUUGUCUAUCUUACUGUUGGGGAGAUCCCAACCCAUCAUGUCUCAUUGAAAUCGAUGAUAAAGCUUUCGCCAUCGGCCACAAUCUUUUCGACUUCCUUGCUGCCGCACGUAGAACAGCUGCCUGCGAUGACUCUCUUGCAACGGGGCCAUACUGGAUUGAUGCAUUGUGUAUCGAUCAGUCGAACGUAUCCGAGCGGAAUCACCAGGUUCGUCAGAUGGGGACGAUCUACGCUCAGGCAAUACAAGUGCACGUUUGGCUCGGCCCUGCGCUACCGGACAUUGCUGUGUCAAGAUCAAGGAAGCUGAGGUCUAGCUAUGAAAGACAGGACUUUUUGGACACCAAUAGCACAGACGAACUCUUGCAGCACGUCUCAGAGAACGUAUAUUGGACUCGCGCGUGGAUUGUACAAGAGCUGGUGCUUGCUCAGCAGGUAAUC